CAAAUCCCAAAGGCGGAACCAGAGUCCUGGGGAUCCAAGCAUCAGAGGGCACAGACUGAGUGCAAACCAAAGCAGCUGCCCCUGCAGCACACGUUUGGUUUCUACAUUGCAACAGUCGUAACAAGCUCCUGAGUUUGAGAAACCUUUCAAGAAUCAGGUGGAUGCAGGUGAAACAGAAAGGGGACAUCCUGUCUGCUUCAGUUAUUGAGAGGAGGAUUGAUCAGACUGACGUGAACCUCAUCAUGGACCUGAACAGCAUCGAGGGGCUGAAUGAAAUCCGUCUGCCUGUUUACAGAGCCGCCAUGAAGCUUCUGUCUCUGCAGAAACUCUGUCAUAUGCACGUUGUGUCCGUUCGACACAUUACGGCGGCUGUCAUUUCAGUGGGCGGGACUCAGCGGCAGGAUGUGGGGCUGAACAGGGAGGAAGUGACCUGGACUCUUAACAGGAUGUUUCACGGCGUGUCACAGGAAGUGCCAGGUCAUGUGACCGUGCGGGCUCCAGAGGAGACGUGCAGUGUGAUGUUCAGACUAUAUGACAGGACUCAGGUGGGUUCGGUACCUGCUGCAUCUCUUCAGACGGCUCUGAUCGCUCUGUCCUCUGACAGUCUGCUGGAAAAAUACACAGCUCUGAUGAGGGUUUCAGACAACAGCUCAGGAUCCGUCAGCAGGUCUGGACUCAGGGCUUUACUGCAGGACCUCAGCCAGGUUCCAGCGGCGGUGCAGGAGGAAGUAGUUUUUGGCAGCGUGGAGGCAGCGGUGAGGUCGUGUUUUAACGGGGUGUUGACCUCUAUGGCAAGUGAAGAACAUGUUUUGUCAUGGCUGCAGACUGAGCCACAUCUGUUGCUAUGGUUACCCACUCUGUACCGGCUGUCCGUCAGUCAGAACGUCAGUCACACAGUCCGCUGCCACACCUGCAAGACCUUCCCCAUCUCUGGCCUCCGGUAUCGCUGUAUGAAGUGUGUGAACGUCCACGUGUGUCAGAGCUGCUUCCUGAGAGAGAGACACACGAGGAAACACAAAACCCACCAUCCAGUUCUUGAGUUCUGCACACAGCCCACCUGGAGGGAGACUCUUUGCUUGUUAGUGCACAGCGCUCGUCACACCCUGUUGCCACGGCGAUACACUCAGAGAGAGCCUGACAGGAGGAGGGUCCUGAUAUGGGCGGAGCCAGGGGAGACUCAGGACAGUCCAUCCUCCAACAGAGAUGCUUCCCAUGAUGCCUCAGUGCGACCUCCUCCUAGCUCAUUGUCCUUGUCUAAAGUUGUGCAGACUGAUGAGGAGAUGCUGACUCAGCAGGUGACCUCUGAUCUCAUAGGGGUUGUUGACCUCAUGGUCAGGAACCUGCACCGAGACAAAUGGCUGCUCAAGCAGGAGAUGAAGGCAUGGCGGCUCACCGUACAAUCAGAGCAGGGCAUCCUGGAGGACAGGUGCUCGGAGAUUGAGGUUACCAUGGAAACACUGAGACAACACAACCUGCGUCUGCAGGGCAUGCUCACACAGGCUCAACGACAUGCCAACAGCACGCUACACAGCAUCGACAUGGAAAGAGGUGAUGUCACACCAACUUCUGACACACAGAGAAACACUGAGGAGGAGGAGGAGGAGGAAGUGUUGAUGAAGGACGAGUGGAGUGAGGACGAACAACAAACUCCAUCUCCCACAAUCCACCAGGGCACUCCUCUGUCACAUGAUGUCUGUUGUGAGGAGGAAGGGUUUGCAGGUGACAUGUGUCUCUGCCGGCCAAUAGGACAAGAGGACAGACCAGAGGAGGCGGGGCUACAGAACGUAGACACCUGUCUGUCUCAAGGAGAAGAGGAGGAGGAAGAGGAGGAUUGUGGGAUGUGUAGUCCAGAGGAGCUGCUG